AUGCCUCCUCGGAACUAUAAAGAAUCUGCUUCAGAACCAGAAUCCACUCGCAAUAAUAAUUCUUCAAAUGUUGCAUCUUCUUCCAAAACAUCUCAAAAGGCAAAGAAUCAAGCGGCAUUACAAGCACAACAAAUGUUCCUUUCCAAGCAUAUUAAUUCCAAUGGCCCUAAUGAUAAACCAAAAGUACAUCCAUUAGAUUUUGAAAGCUUUGAUGAUUCGACAUUAAUGAGAUAUAGUGAGAAAUAUGGAUUAAAUGUACCAAUACCUGAAUCAGUGAAUUUUGAUAUAUUGAAUAGUGAAAUUGGGAAGAAAACGUAUUCAAAAAGGAGUAAACUGAGACAAAAUAUCAAUAGAGUAUCUAAACCUGAAUUGGCAGCUCAUUUAAAGAAUCAUUUUAUGAGUCUACCUAGCAAAGAGAAUGAAAUUAUUACUGGAUUUUUAUACAAGCUUAAACAUGAAGAUAGUGAAUUUAGGUUGAAAUUUAAUUAG